CGCGUUUCUUCGUCGUUGAUUGUCUUCACACCGUGAAAAUUCGGUUGACAUUCUAUCGUCACAGCCUUAGCUUACAAAAGCAGUUCUCUGCUGCAAGCUACAAGCUAGAAUGAGUUGAAGUUGUUGUCUAUGAUGUCAACUGACAAGGAGGAAUGCACGACCGCGGUCUUUCUACUAGCAAAGACAAAAACAAAAAGAUGAUGGCCCAGAGCACUCAGAUUGCUCACAGCAGCGAACGCAACGAGGCGUCGAAGCUCUCGUUCCGAGAAUGGGUGCAUGUGACUCGCAGCGACAACCUAGCAAAAAUCCGGAGAGACAAAGAGUUGCGGCUUUGUGGCUCUGUAAACCAAGAUGCCGAUGGGGUUCUUUCGCACGCAAUGGCACCGCGCGGAGUGUGGUUUUUCGCAAACUCCGAGCCCAAGUCCGAAAGUGCAACCAACGAAGGGCGUGAGACUGUUGCCCCUACUCCAGAAGAAGAUGAAGAAAGCAAAACGGCAACCGACGCGGAUCACAGCAAAAAAAUGCAAAUCAACAAAACCGAGUCAACGCCGAAGACUAUGUUUGGCGUUGCGAACCAGCCAGCGGUCGCAGCUGCGCCCGAACAGCUGAGCGCCAAUGCUGACAGUGUUUUUGGAAUUGCGGAGGACGUCAGAGUGUUGCUUCCCUCCAUCGACGAUUACGACGGUCGCACGCGCAGCUGGAAGACGCUGAUGUGGACCCUUUUUCAAGUCGCCGACGUCUUCGAGUACGGUUGCCGCCAAGUGAAAUACGCCAUUGUGGUAGAGAGCUCGCCGGAAUACUACUGGUUUAUGUCGCGGUGUCUCCCCGAUCAGGACCUGUCCGUCUCGUACGUACUGUCUGCCUCCAACUGCAGCGGCGAUAAUCGUCCCUCGAAUGAGAAGAAUCGCCAAGAGUGGAAGGCGAGUUUUGAUGCUGCAAGGAAAAACCACAGGGCGAAUCGAACCUCAUCUCAAGAAGAGGAAGGCCUGCAGACGAUGUUGAAACCGGGCGAAUCCGCGACCUCAAGCAGUAGUAGGAGCAGCUCCGGCAGCGUGUCCGUCGAGCACUGCAAACUGCUCAAGAGAAAAGUAGUGUUGCAAGAUGAGAACAACCACCAAAAUGCUGGUGCCGGGAGGAACACGGGGAUCCAGGAAGACGAGUUUGUCUGUUUUCGGCAGCACGACGCCCGGGCCCCCGCGGUGUCAUCUUCUAUCUCCGCAGGAGCUGGUGCAGCUGCAGCUGCAGCCUACACCCAGCAACCCUCAUUCGCAGUUGAAGAGCACGAUCCGCGGCCGUUAUUUUCCGACCGCCGGUUGUCGCUUGGAUGGGACCACCCAAGCAAAUCCUCAAGGGCAUCCGCAGCCUCUGCCUCGCCUGGCUUGCUAACCACGGUGGAAAACCUGCCGGUCAGUGGUGUGACCGAGGAACUGCAGCAGGAGGCGCAUUCAACCGCUGGAGCUCCGGGCAACUACCAGCACGAUCAACAGCAUCCGCUCGAACUCCCUGUUGGACGAGGUCCUGCCUACGAACCUGGGCGCGACAGUCCGAAGAGCGGGCUAGUUAUGUCCUCCUCCGGUCGGGUCUUGGACUUUGAUAUGGGCGACACGGAAUUCGAUCAGCUCUCAAGCAGUCCGCCUACAGGUGGGCACCCAAACAGCAAGCUCACUCCCAUUCGCGCUUUCGACGACGAGGGUCGACCACGAGUGUCAAAAUACAGCGAAUUGGCGGACGUUGAUGAAGAGCUUAUGGCAGUAGAGGAUCAUGAUUUCUCUAGUACCGCUGGUGGAAUAAUGCCGCCGAUUUCGCAGGAAAAAGCGCGAAUGAGUCAACUUCUGCAGGGAAGUGGCAGAACACCAGGCUCAUCCGGUGCGACGGAAGGAACGCCGUCAGCACAGCGCAAACCGCCAGAAGAUUUCCAUCUGCUCUUUGGAGAUGAAGUGAAAUUGCCCUCGUCAUCUACCUCCAACUCGAACCUCCAGAAGUCGUUACCAAUCGCAACGUCGCCUAAUCGAAUUUCUACGACCCGAGGACAAAACGACUUAGCAAAUGCCGGGAAGGCUAUUUCAGAAGCCGCAGAUGGCGAUGGAAAGACAUCAAAUUCAGAAGCUGCUGCAAGCGCAACUGAAGACCAGCAGCCUGGUCUGGCGAAGGUAGAAACAACUCUACAACCGUUUCUAUCUGCUUGCGCCACGGAUGAGGAAGUGGCGGAAUCCGUCGCUAGGAGAGGCAGUGCCGCAGCGAUGGCCUCUGCGAAAACGAUUCCGGAACCAGAACAAGAGGCAACAGACGUUGUGUUGACCCGAGGGCCAGGAACUCACGUUGGCAAUAAGCUAGCAGACUCGACGACCUCGAUGGCCCAGUGGACAUCACCUCAAAAAGCAGCAGCUGCAGAAGCUGCCGAGACAGGCGGGAGCGGAAAGAACAGGAGCAACAAUGCUGGACCCGUCCCCGCGCAACCCCAACCGUCAGCCGAACAGGCUGUGUCUUGGGCCGCAGUCAGUGCUGAAGAAAGCAAUACCCUUGUGAGUGUAUUCGUGAUUCCACCACAUGGAUGCUGCAUCACGUUCGCCCCCACCUCCGAAGACCAAGUCUUUCCCCUUUCUGCAAAAGGUAUUAAUUACGAUACUGACACUGCGCAGAGCUCAGGCGUCCCAGCAAACGAAGGGCAAAGGCAACAUCCGCUCGCUAACGCAUUUUUCGCCCCGAAGCAGCGGGUUACGCCGAGCCCCGGCAUUAACGGGCUAAAUGGUAGCAAGCCAUCUGAGAAAGCAAAAUCUCCUGGCGGAAAUGCUUCCAGCGCCGCGCACCAGACUCCUCCAACUGAAGAAGUCGAAGUCGAAGUACAAAAGAUGUCAGACAAGCGGCGGGAAAAUUCCGGCAUCGUGCAAUUGUAUCGCCACAAGAUGUCGCUUGUGCGAUUCCGUCUCUGGGCAGAAAAACGCCGUGCCCGGCUGGGAAGGUCUUCUGAAAAGAAAUAUGAUCGAACCCCAACUGCUGGAAUGCGAAUGGCAGUAGCCUCAUCUCUGAGUUGUCCGCUGUACUCGGUGAGAUUACUACUUUUUGUUCUUUGUUUCAGGGACAUAUUGAUACGGAGGCUUGAUGUUCGCUGUCUACUUUGUCCAUAG